GGUGACUACAGGGAUGGCAGAGAGGACAACGAAAAUCAGAGAAGAAGUUGUUAUAAAUGUUCCAGAUAAAGGAGAAGCAGCAGCAUCUCAUUCGACAGAUACAUAUAGAAAACUUCUGAAUCCUAACAAUGAAGGUCUAGCUCGGAGGAAAACUUUUUCGAGGUCCGUUUACUCUAAACCCAAUUCAAGGUUUGCGAAGCAGCAUUCUUAUCGAUUCGAUGAGACCAUAGUAGAGGAAAAUAUUGGAACCCCUAGGGCUAUUGCAAAAGCACAUAAUGAAGUUGAUGAGGAGGAAAAAGAUGAAAACGAGGAAAUCUACGAAAAGGUUAAACUACACCGAGUGAAGCGAAGUGGAAUUAAACUUCGGGCAUUGCUUGAAUUGGCAGUGUUUGUGGCCACUUUAUGCACUUUGGUUGUGAGUUUAACCGUUUAUAAGGUGAAAAAGCAUUUGAUUUUAGGUUUGGAAGUUUGGAAAUGGUGCGUAUUUGUGAUGGUGACGCUAAGCGGCAUGUUCAUGACGAACUGGUUCAUGCAUUUAGUAGUGUUCAUCAUAGAAAGGAAUUAUCUUCUACGGAAAAAAGUGUUGUACUUUGUGCAUGGUUUGAAGAAGAAUGUUCAAGUAUUCAUUUGGUUCAGCCUGGUUCUGGUUUCUUGGAUAUUUCUGUUCGAGGAAGAUGAUAAACACUCCCGUAAGACCAAGAAAUUUCUCGACCUUAUAACUUGGACUAUUGUUUCCCUUCUCGUGGGGUCAAUCCUUUUCUUGCUGAAGACGUUUGCCUUGAAAGUUCUUGCUUCAAAGUUCAAUGUCAGAAACUUCUUUGAGAGAAUUCAAGAGUCUGUCUUCCACCAAUACGUUCUCCAGACCCUCUCGGGGCCUCCACUUGUAGAAGAGGCAGAGAGACUUGGGUGCAAGCCAAAGAGGGGACACCUUAGCUUCAUGAGCACCGAAGAUGGAUCGGUGAAAGGGAAGAAAGUGCUUGACAUGGGAAAAGUUCACAAGAUGAAACAAGAGAAGGUCUCUGCUUUGGCAAUGCGAGUUUUGAUUGAAGCUGUGAGAGCUUCAGGUCUCUCAACAAUAUCUAACACUUUAGAUGAGUGUAGCAACAGGAAAGGUAAAACUGAUAAAGAGAUAACUAAUGAGAUGGAGGCUGUAGCUUCUGCUUAUGAUAUCUUUAACAAUGUUUCUCAGCCGAACCGCAAUUACAUAAAUGAAGAUGAUCUGUUGAGGUUCAUGAUAAAGGAAGAACUGGAUCUUGUACUUCCAUUAAUAGAAGAUGGCGAGACCGGGAAAAUCACACGCAAAGCUUUUACAGAAUGGGUGAUUAAAGUUUACACAAGUCGGAAAGCUCUAGGACAUUCGUUGGAUGAUACAAAAACAGCUGUUAAGCAGGUGGACAAACUAAUAGCUGGAGUCUUGACCAUUAUCACCUUCAUUAUUUGGUUAAUACUUCUUGAUAUAGCAUCGACAAAGUUUUUGUUGGUCUUCUCCUCACAAUUUGUGGGUCUUGCUUUCAUGAUUGGAAGCACUUGCAAGAACAUAUUUGAAUCAUUUGUGUUUGUGUUUGUGAUGCACCCUUAUGAUGUCGGUGACCGUUGUGUUGUCGAUGGUGUAAUGUUGUUGGUUGAAGAAAUACAUCUUUUAACUACCGUGUUCCUCAAGAUUGACAACGAGAAAGUUUUCUACCCAAAUGCAGUUUUAAUAACGAAAUCAAUAAGCAAUUUCUACAGAAGUCCAGAUAUGGGAGAUUUUAUAGAACUCUCCAUUGCAUUUUCAACACCGGCAGCAAAAAUAGCCACUUUCAAGAAAAGAAUCGGAGAAUACUUGGUGCAGAACCCACAUCAUUGGUAUCCAGAACCGAUGUUGAUGGUGAAGGCGAUUGAGAACGUGAACAAACUGAAGAUGAAUCUUCUUGUCCAGCAUACUAUCAACUUCCAGAACUUCGGAGAGAAGAAUCUCAGGAGAACCGAGUUGUUCAUAGCUAUCAAGCAAGUUCUCGAGGAGCUUGAGAUUGAUUACAGCCUCCUUCCUCAAGAUGUUCAUCUCACCAGUCACAAGUGAUUGCUUCCUUGUCCUUGUUAUUUCCAACUGCAUUUAUUUCACCUGUUUUGCUUCUGCUUGAUGAUCCAACUCAUAGAACUCGUUUGCAUAUGGAUUUCUUUUCUGAAGAGACUUAUAUAGUUGGGAAAAUUCCAUAAAAAUACACGGACUGAAUUACAUUUGCUAGAAUAAUACACGAACUUUU